AACAAAUCGGUCAGUACUUCUGCACCCUGGGCUUGAAAAUUCUUAUUUCUCUUAGUAUUAAGCGCGUCACGGAGCAUUAAGAGUGUAGUGUUCUAGUCGGCCUUCAUGUUGUAAUGUCUGAGAGCAGUAGUUCCCCAGAGAGCCCUGUCAUCAUCGGAAAAAUGGACCACAAACGCCAUCGCUACCCAUGUUGCAUUGUCUGGACUCCUCUGCCACUACUUUCAUGGUUCAUACCCAUCAUUGGCCACAUGGGCAUUGCGACAACUUCAGGUGUAAUCCGAGACUUUGCGGGGCCAUACUUUGUUUCGGAGGAUAAUAUGGCCUUUGGCUGGCCGACAAAGUACUGGCCUAUGGAUCCCUACCGAGCUCAGGGAGGGCCGACUGCUUGGGACAGGGGCGUGUCCCUUGCGUCAGAGGAGUACCAGGGCAGAAUGCACAACCUGUUCUGCGACAACUGCCACUCCCAUGUCGCUAUGGCAUUGAACCUCAUGCAUUAUGAUGGCUCUACCAAGUGGAACAUGGUCAAGUUGUGUUUCCUCAUGAUGAUCCACAGUAAAUAUGUCAGUUUCUGGGCCUUUGUCAAGACCUGGCUGCCCUUCCUCUUGAUGGCUGGAGCUGUGACGGCUUUGGUUCUUCUUGUUUAAACGUUGCGCAAGAUGCCAAGGGACACAUCCGUCCUCAUAGAUGCACACUUAGGGAGGGCAUUGUUCACCAUUCAUAUUGGCGCAGUUUGGAAUGCGUUCAGGUGGAGAAGUUUUAUGACGAUGAGUAUUUAUUGUUUUAGUGAUUAAGAUCUGAUUAGGAUUGGAGAUGUGCCAAGGUAGUUACUCUAGGGAUAUGUUGAGCAAGUUGAUUUGUAUCAGUCAAUAGCCUGAUUUUCAUUCACUAUUUUUAUGAGUAUUAUGAGCAAUGCUAGAAUGCUGAAUUGUGAUAGAUAAUUGAGGGUUGAUUUAUAAGGGUUGUAAUAAUUUGAGUUAUAAUAGAUGUUAAUUCUGUGUACUACUUUUGAUAGCAGUAGAACAAACAGAUGAGGCAGUUAGUGUAAGAAAAAGAUCAGUGGUAAAUGUUACAAGAAAGAUGUUGCUUGGUUUUGUUAUUUGUGAAUAAAAGUCAUGUACUAGAUGCUAUAGAAAAAUGUAAGUGAGACAAAUAUUUUAAGAGAAGUCAUUGAUCCAUGUAAGAAAAUAUUUUGCUUAGUUUUGUGCAUUUGCGUCAUGCAAACUUUCUAACAUGAUUUUCAAAUUAUUUGGUCGGUUAUGUGUAGUUUCAGAAGUUGGAAUGUUAUUAAUUGACUCCAGAUGAAUUGAUGUCAAUGGAACCCAAAGGUACUAAUUUUUAAAAUUCCACAAAGCCCUGUAUCUACAAAAAUAUUAUAGGGAUCCUUUAGCUAACCUUGUAAUGCAUGCAAACUAGCAUUACACAUAUUUUGUUCUUUUUAUUACUGUAUGCAUAGUAUGAAAUGGGAAAAAGGAUAUUUAUUGAUGAAUUAAGUAAGAUAACCUGUUCAUUAUAGUUUAUAAUAAAAAAUCAGUCGAAUUUGAUUUGAAUACUUGGUACUGAAGAGAGACAAAAAGUGGAAGCAUUAUAGUGUGGACUGAAUAGAUUAUUUUAUUUUUCCUCAGUCAUCACAUGGGCACUCUAGCACCUCUUUGCAACCUCCAUGGGUUCUUUGGAGUCAGUCCCAUUUGGGGAACACAGAGGUAACCUAUGUCGUAAUUAAAACUGAGGGAUUGCAGAACAAUAUUAUUUGCUUUAUUUGAUAGGAGAGUAAGAUAAAUGUAUAGAACAGGUGGGAGCAUGAUAUUAAUUUAUUUCAAUACUUUUUCUGUACCUGUAUAGAACAGGUGUCCUUGUGUCCCAUACAGAAGGCAUGCCAUAGUUUGUAAAAAUGUGGUAUGUUUAACAAUUAAAUUCUAUGGAGGUUUUCCUACUACAGUUCUGUGAAAAAGAUGAAGAUUAUGGUAUUUGUAACAAGGAAAGUAAGUUUUACACUAAUUUGGAAGACAGACAGCUAUGAUCAUUAUUUUUUAUUUGAUUUCUGAUUCAAAAAUUAGUUUAAAAAAUUAUAUAUGGAUCCACAUAUAUGUUCUUUUACAUGAUUUGAAUGUGAUUAGUUCCUUGAUCUUACAUAAUUUCUGCAUUUCCCGUGAGACUGUAGCUUGUGUUUAGUAGGUCAAGUAUGUUCUUGAAAGGAUGAUAAUGAGAAACAAAUCUUGAUAAGCCAUUUUUUGAAGAUUAAGACAAAUGGAGCUCUAGACCUUUCAUAUGGCCUUGUGAUCGAGUAGGAUAAAACUUAAUCAUUAUUAUAAUUAUUAUUGUAAUAUAUCAUAAUGUAUGUGCACUGUUCAUACUUUUCUUUUUAUACAUUGCACUAUGGACUACAGGUAUGGUAGGUUUAGCCUUGUAAAUCAUAUUAUUUUUUCUGACUGAUAUUAAGGACUUAGGCUGACAAAAGUGUGAUACCUAUAUAUUUUUAAGGUUAUUAUUUUUUGUAUUUCUGUAUUAUGUCAUAUAGAAGUAGUAUCCCUUCAGAUGUUGAGGAAAUGGGUCUACAAAUCAAUCAUAGAAAAUCAAGAAAAUUAAUGGUUGAGUGGAAUGAAUCGUGAAAAAUGUAGAAAAAAAUAUAAAUGAGUAUUGAAUAACUUAAUACAAGAGAUGUUAUUGACUUAUUUUGAGAGUUUCUAAUUCAUCUUGUGUUGUGAAAAUAUUCUAUCUCAUUUAUACCUUUUUUCCUGAAUAUUACUUUUUUCAGAGAAUCUUCAGUAUGAAGAUUUUUUUCUCACAGUGAAUGAAGAAGCAUAGCAUUAUUUUUUUUUCUACGUAAUACAUUUAGAAAAAGAUCAUGUAUUGCUACUUGGUAAUAUUGUUACAGAAGAUGCCAGAUUAUUUGCAAUAUGGAUUGUCUUUUAUCUUGCAACUGUAAUGAUGAUAUUGAAAUCAGUUAUAUCUAAAUUAUUUCCUCAUUUGAUGCUACUGAACUCUUCAGGAAGAUUGAUACAGUGGUUGUAGUAUCACCUACGAGGGAGGUGACUGUGGAUCAACCACUGUGAAUCCAAGUGGUUGGAAAAAAGCAUAUCAUUCAUAAGCUUUGUACAUAUUGGGGUUACUCCCUUCGUUGGUAAAUAUAAUGGUUUUGUGUGUGUUCUAGUUGGAUGUCUGACUUGAUAUGGUUGUAUAUAAUCAUAACAUGAUAUGUAUGGUAUUUAUUGGCAAGUUAUCGGAAGUAUUGUUUAGGGUUGCUCUUCUUUUCUGUUCUUGGUUUCCUUUUUCUUUUUGAAGAAAUUGUUUAUUUGAGUUGUUUUAAAUGUUGAAAAAGUAUAUGGAGAUGCUUUAAUGAUGUUUAUAUUUGUUAACUUAUAUAACACUCUCAGAUUAUUAACCUCUCACAGACAGGUCCUGUAGUAUUACCCUUUAGGUUUUCUCAGCAUGUUUAAAACUGAAGGUGUUAAAUAAAUUACCAGAAGGUAUUAUCAGAUAUUAAAACCCUAUCAGGCAUUGUGCUAGAUUGUGAUGAUGAGGUACCUGCCAAUCUGUCUCCUGUGUGCAUUCACAAUUCCUAAGUACCUCAGUUAUUCCUCAUAAGACUGAAUAUGACAUUUGAGAUACAUACAUGCACAUAUACAGACUCACAUUUUUGGAAAUAUGGUAUAGAUGUAGACAAUAACAAAAGGUAAUACAUGUACA